GGGGAACGAUGGCUGAAGAAAGCAAUCAUCUUGGCGCCCCUUUCUGCUUUCUCUAUUGGCACUGCUAGUCAGCUGCAAAUUUCGCUUCUAAUCGGCUAACAGUUUUACUAAGAAGGCUAUUAACUUCCUCAGCUCAGAUUCUCGAUUCAGUUCCGCCACACCCAUGUCAUUGCGGAGGCGAAUCUUGCUCAAGGUCAUCGUUCUCGGCGACAGCGGGGUGGGAAAGACGUCGUUGAUGACUCAAUAUAUACAUAAGAAGUUUAAUCAGCAAUACAAAGCUACAAUUGGCGCUGAUUUUGUCACCAAGGAACUCCAGAUUGAUGACAGACUGGUUACUCUACAAAUAUGGGACACUGCUGGUCAAGAAAGAUUUCAAAGUCUCGGAGUUUCUUUUUAUAGAGGGGCAGAUUGUUGUGUCCUUGUGUAUGAUGUUAAUGUUAUGAGGUCUUUCGAUACCCUUGACACAUGGCAUGAGGAAUUUCUCAAACAGGCAAAUGCUCCUAAUCCCAGGAAAUUUCCAUUUAUAUUGCUUGGAAACAAGGUUGAUAUUGAUGGGGGAAAUAGUCGAGUGGUGUCUGAGAAGAAAGCAUUGGACUGGUGUGUGUCAAAAGGAAAUAUUCCUUACUAUGAGACAUCUGCUAAAGAGGACUACAAUAUAGAUGCUGCUUUUUUGUGUAUUGCUAAGACUGCUCUUGCUAAUGAGCAAGGGCAGGACAUAUACUUUCAAGGUAUUCCAGACACUGUUCCUGAGAAUGAGCAAAGGCGCGGAUGUGCAUGCUAAUGCGAAAAAUCCUGAUUUAUCCGAUAUACUUGGCCCUCUUACCCACAUUUUUUUGGGUCUUGUAAUGAUUUUCCACCUUUCCCAUCUUUCAUGUAAUUCAGUCAUUUAGAUUGGUUUGUGUUGGGAACUCACAUUUGACCUUUGACUUGAUCAGUUUUUUGAUUGUGAUGCAUUUGUUCAAUUGAUUUGCCACGUGUUGUUUAAGCUUAGGUAUUUAUGUUCCUUCAUGAGAAAGUUGUUUAAGCAAAUGUUGUAAAUGGCAUUUUAUUGAUAGUGCCCUUGAUGUUAGGCUAAACAGAGAGUGAUUUGCUUAAUUUAGUUCAGUAAUUGAAUGUUGUGAAUUGUGGUAGUUCUAUAGUAUUGUAAAAUCUCUUAUUCUAUUUCUUGGGCAA